AUCUUUCUUCUUCUUCUUUUAGGAUAUUUCGAUAAGACCAAACUGAGUAUUUGUUACGUAAGUAUUCGUCGAACAGAUCAUGACGUGUCUCCAAUGACGCGAUUUGAGAGCCAUUUGGAGACAUUUCUGCAUUUGAACUAAGUGGUAUCCAGAGCAGGCACCUUUGGAAGGAUGGGCGGAGCGAUCCCGCCCAUGUUGAAGGAAGAUUCCAUCCCGUGUCCGGUCUGUGACCGCUGCCGGUAGGAGUGCCUUUAAAAUCGGAGGGCGAGAUAGGCAGAGUUCAUUCCAGUCCCAGCUUCAGUCUUGCCAGUGUUUCGUGCCGUCCAAUUUGAAAUACUCCUAUGGGUACUGUGUCUAACUGUACCUCCACCUCUCUCGUAUGCCGUAGAGGCUACUGGCAGCCCCAUCCAGGUAACAUAAGGCUAGAACGAAGAACGGAGAGAGACAUCAAUAGGUAACUUUGUGUGCAGAUUACGGAAACAAACUACGCUACUGAGGAGAAGAGACAGGGAAAAGGCGGCGCUGGACCUUCGUUGGAGUAGUAGACGAGAGCGCACCCUUCUGGAGAGCCCCUCGCAUCAACAAGAGACCGAACGAACGAUAGAUCACCUCCUCCCCCCCACAACGCGAUGACCAGGUGAACACACACACGCACGCAUGCACAUACGCGUAACAGAUAUAUAUGGCCAGACCAGCAUUCUGUCUCAAUCAUUCACUUAGCGGAGCGCUCUCGUCUUAUUACAUUGCAUCUUAUAGGUGCUGAAACUCCAUUACUAUUGCAUAUUAUUGCAUCGUAGUGUGAUAUUGUUUCGUAAGGAACUUCUUGAAACAUUUUAACUGCACCAUAAUGGUGCCUCUGCACACAGUGUUGGGCCCUCGGGGCAGCUCGAUUCCUGUGAGGAAAACGACGCUCUCUCUCCUCCUGCGCGAAAACCGUUUGCAGGCCCGCAACACCCAGAAGACCACAGCUGAUCCUCCUGGCCGCCCGCCCUUCUGCGAGCCUUGGUACGCCAACAAGGGUAACAAGGGCGCCUCCUUAAGGGUCUCGCUCUUGGGCGCUAAUCGACCUCGCUCACUGGGACUCACGGGGCAGUCGAAGUUGGCGGUCGCUAAGCCCUUGCAUUCGACGAGUGUCCGAGAGAUAUCGACGAAGUCCUUGCAGUCAUCCAAGUCAACGUAUGCUUCGCUCCACCUGGACGCCUCCCGGUCGCUGUCUCGCUCUGAAGGCAGCCGUGCAGCCUUCCUGCACCGUCAGCAGUUACAACAUGCUCGAAGGAUUGUCGUCAAAUUGGGGUCGGCUGUCAUCACCCGAAAGGAUGGCUACGGAUUGGCCCUCGGCCGCCUCGCCUCCAUCGUUGAACAGGUUGCCGAACUUCAGAAUGAAGGUCGUGAAUUGCUGAUGGUAACCUCCGGUGCAGUUGCAUUUGGCAAGCAAAAAUUAGCCCAAGAGCUGCUGAUGUCCCUGAGUAUGAGAGAGACCCUUUCCACUAAGGACAGCAUUCGAUCGGAAGAAGCCAAGAGUCUCAUCGCCCCAAGAGCUUCCGCAGCUGUGGGACAGUCUGGUCUCAUGUCACUUUAUGAAGCGAUGUUUGCUCAGUAUGGUGUGAAAGUGGCCCAGAUCCUUAUCACUAAACCAGAUUUUUAUAAUAAUGAAACUCGACAGAACUUGAAUUCCACCAUUAAUGAAUUAAUAGCCCUUAAUAUUUUGCCAAUCAUCAACACGAAUGAUGCUGUGACACCACCACCUCAAGUUGAUGAAGAGAUAAGCAAGAAACUGGACAUCCGAGACAAUGACUCUCUCGCAGCCCGUCUGGCUGUCGAAAUAGAAUCGGAUCUUAUCAUCCUAAUGACUGAUGUAGAUGGCAUCUUCAACAAGCCUCCGACCGAAGAAGGAGCACGCCUCAUUGAUAAUUUUUGCCGUGAGACAUCUCAAAAACUGAUGUUUGGUGAGAAGUCAUCUGUUGGUACAGGUGGCAUGGAGUCUAAAGUUAAGGCAGCAAGUUGGGCUCUAGACAGAGGCACAUCUGUGGUUAUAUGCAAUGGCCUUGCACAAGGUGCUAUAAAAGGAAUUGUACAAGGACGUAAAAUUGGAACAUUUUUCACAAAUAACACUGACAGUGGACUCGAAGUUGAAGUGCUUACUAAGAAUGCCAGAGUUGGCAGUCGUCUGUUACAAAGCUUAGAUCCAAGUCAACGAGCUGGAGCCAUCAAGACAUUGGCUGAACUUUUGGAAACUCGGCAACCAGAUAUAUUGGUUGCUAAUCAGAGGGAUAUGGAAGAAGCAGAAAAGAAUGGUUUGUCAUCUUCAUUAAUGGCUCGCUUAAGACUAACACCAGCUAAACUGAAUAAUCUUGCAGAAGGCUUGAGGCAGAUAGCUGCAUCAUCCCUUGAUACCUUGGGCAGAACUCUUUCCAAGACAAUCAUUGCAGAGAACAUAGAACUACGACAAGUGACAGUUCCAAUUGGUGUCCUCUUGGUUAUUUUCGAGUCUCGGCCAGACUGCUUACCCCAAGUAGCAGCACUAGCUAUGGCAACUGGCAACGGAUUACUUUUGAAAGGAGGAAAGGAAGCUUACCACAGCAAUCAGGUGUUGAUAGAUUUGGUGAAGGAGUCUCUUUCAACUGUUGGAGCUACUGGAGCAAUCUCUCUUGUGACCAAAAGGGAUGAAAUAUCAGAUCUUCUACAACUUGAUGGAGAAAUUGAUCUUGUGAUCCCUCGAGGGUCCUCCGAGUUAGUGAGAACCAUCCAAGAACAGUCACAGGCCAUUCCCGUCCUUGGUCAUGCUGAGGGAAUAUGUCAUGUCUAUGUUGACAAGGAUGCUGACGUGGAAAAAGCUGUGAAAAUUGUUCGUGAUGCUAAAUGUGACUACCCUUCAGCUUGUAAUGCAAUGGAGACACUUUUGAUACACGAAGAAAUAUUCCACAACUCACAGGUGUUCAACAGAGUUUGCCAGACACUCAUCAGAGAAAAUGUCAAAAUUCAGGCUGGUCCUCGAUUGGCUAAGAUGUUGACCUUUGGUCCUCCACUUGCAGAAACAUUCAAGGUUGAAUUUAGUGACCUUGAAUGCAUCAUUGAAGUGGUAUCAACUAUGGAGGAAGCUAUCGACCACAUACACCGAUUUGGUUCUUCUCACACCGAUGUCAUUAUCACAGAAGAUGAAGAGACAGCAGACCAUUUUCUCAGCACUGUGGAUUCUGCCUGUGUCUUCCAUAAUGUGUCGUCAAGGUUUGCUGAUGGCUUCCGGUUAGGUUUGGGUGCUGAGGUUGGCAUCAGUACUGCUCGAAUUCAUGCUCGUGGACCAGUCGGAAUGGAAGGCCUCUUGACAACUAAGUGGGUUCUGAAGGGUGACU